AUGAGUCUCCUGAACCAUGCCUGCGAUCGCUGCCGCUCCCGCAAGAUCAAAUGUAAGCCGGUGGCCGAGCUUGCCUGCGAAGCCUGCCAGGCCCACAACCAGUCGUGUCACUUUAGCUAUCGGAAGUACCCUCGCCGACGGAAUCCUGACAAACUCGUCCAAGUUUCUCCAACAACUUCCACGCUCGUCUCGCCGCUGCCAGUCCCCGGGCCAGAACGAGUUGCCGAGCAUCCGCAACUGUACAUUGAUUAUAUUUUGGAACGCAGCACUUCCCGCGAAAUACGCCGGCCCAGUAGCAACAACGACCAGUUGAAUACACUUCUCGGACCCAGCCCCAAUAUAUCCUUCUUUCCGGCCAAAAGAGUCCAUGCGAUCAACAGUCGUCUCGGCCACAAUCGCCUGGAGCUGCUGCUGAAAUCGAUUCGCGCAGUGAUCGCCUUGAAGCUCAAAUCCGUCGACCUGCCUAUAGGCGUCAAUCCUGACCAUGAAGACUCGACGUGUGAUGCUAAACGUGCACCCGAUUUGACAGACGGAUAUGUAGCGCAAGAGUGUAUAAAGACAUACAUGGAGCGAGUCCAUCCAUUCUAUCCCUUUCUAUGCCGCGAUGACUUUGAGAAGCGGGCUUCUGCACCCAACCUUGCCCAGAGCCUUGUUAUGGACAAGCCUUGGGCGUGUCUAUAUUAUGCCGUCCUCGCCGUCGGCUCUCAGAACCUUGGUGGUGGAAGCUAUGAGCCGAGAAAUGGGCCCUCCUGGGCCUACUUUGAGCAAUCCAAGUCCUUACUGCGAGAUAUCAUCUUCCUCCGAGGUUCGCUCACGUCCAUUCAGGCCCUGAUGUGCUUGGCAAUCUUCUGUCAACCAAUUUCUGGCUUCGGCCUCGAGGCUUUCAUGAUCGCGGAGGCGGCCGUGAUGGCCCAGAACCUUGGAAUUAACCGGUCCACGGCCGCGAUGGAUCAGCUAUCGACCCGAGUCUUCUGGGUCCUUUACUACAUGGAAAAGACAUCCUGCUUCGUGACGGGGAAAGUACCGACACUUCAAGAUCCCCAUAUCACCUGCCCCUUGCCGGCCAUGGAUGUCGGUGCGUUCGGCGAUUACGACUGGUUCUUCAGCUUCCUGCGAUACUCACGACUGAUCUCGAAAAUACAAAACCAACUCUUGACGAUUGCUUCGGUGCCAAAAUCCGUAGCUGUUUGCCACUCAAUGGUCGAUUCAUUGCAGUCCGAGCUGGAGAGCUGGCGGGAAUCAAUACCUCUUCGCUUUCGCCCGGGGGAGCCCCUUCGAUCACGAGUGCUGGCCGAGGAUAGAGCCAUCUCCAUGGCCCUUCGGACCCAUUAUUACUAUCACUAUGCCUAUUUGACCCUCACCUGGACCCUGCUGCACUGUAACGAUGAUGGCGCCGACCCGGCCCAGCAGCUCGGGCUCAAGACAGAGCUGAUGCAGACUGCUCGUAGUGUGCUUGAGCUUACCAGCUACAUUGAUGUCUCACCAUCAACCCCACUGUGGAUUCUAGCCCUGGUACCGCUCUGUGCCCUCAUGAUCCUGUUUGACCUGGUCAUCGACAACCCCAACCACAGCGAAACCAGUCUCAACCUGGCCUUGCUCGACAUUGCCAGCGGCCACUUUAGUCGUAUCGAGUACUCCAGUGAUGGAGCUCUCCCGGGUGGGCUAAUUUCUGAAUUUGCCCACCUUGCUCGGCAAUACGUGUCUGAUAUUCGGCACCACACCGGCAGAGAGCAUCUGGGCCCAUCUUUGUUCGGCCGCAUCCAGGGGCCCCAACCACAGUCAUUCUUCUAUGAGUCUGCAGCAAAUAGACAGCAGGAACUACCCAUAUCGCCUGCCCGGGAAGACACCAACGUCUGCUCGAAGAGCGCAUCAUACCCACCUGCCGCGGCUCUGGCACCGGUGCACCAACCAGCGGGGGCAGGGUCUGGGGUUUCCAGCUCUUUGAGUGACAUGACACCAGUAACUACGACUCAGGAUCAGCUUUUUUUCCCGUCCGUUGACGGGGAUAUGCAGCACCUGCAAUUUAUUGGCGUCGACUUGAUGGGCCUGUUCGAUCCUACUUAUCCUUUCAUCGGGUUCGAUCACCCCAUAAACGAUCCUCCCGGUCCGAUAUGA